CCCAAUUGGAACUCAGCUGCGAGCAAGCAAAGGGAGGAGGAGCGUAGUUUCCGUGUGAGCGUAGGUUCUUCACAGAGGGCAUCGUCAGGGAGAUGGAAACUCCGGAGGAAGCCAUGGCUUAUUCCAACAGCAGCGACAGCGCAUCCAAUGAUGAAUUCGUUCAUGCAGUAGUUAAAGGCAAGCGCACCAAGCGCCAGAGGACACAGCCGCCGCCUGUGCUGUCCAUGGCUGUCGCCGACUCGCUAUCGGCCUCCUCGGCCGAGGCCGCCUCCGGGACCGUCACCGAGGAGGAGGAGGACAUGGCCAACUGCCUCAUCCUUCUUGCCCAGGGCCGAACGUUGGACGCCGGGCCCAAUCUAGAAGAGCAGAAGGGCGAUGCCGGCGGUGUUGUCGCCGGCGGCAGCGGGUCCGAGAGGUUUACCAGCCGAAGACUCGCGGAGGGGGCCACGACGACCAACGGCAAGGCUGGAAUUUACGUGUAUGAGUGCAAGACAUGCAAUAAAUGCUUCCCGUCGUUCCAGGCGCUCGGCGGACAUCGGACCAGCCACAGGAAGACCAAGCUAGCCGCCGGGACGACCGCGGAGGAGAAGAAGCUGGCGGCCGGCGACGAUAUCCUUCAAAUCAGUAUGAAUUCCUUCUCAAAGCCGAUCGCGGGCAGUGGGCAGACGAACACGAAGCCGAAGGUCCACGAGUGCUCGAUAUGCGGAUCAGAGUUCAGCUCCGGUCAGGCGCUCGGAGGCCACAUGAGGCGGCACAAGCCGCUGGGCGCCGCAGACAGCCAAGAAGCCAAGAAGGACAAGAGCUUUCUUUCGUUGGAUCUGAACCUCCCCGCUCCCGCAGACGACGGGCUCCAGAGGCCGCCUUCGCCGACGCUCUCAUUGGCCAGCAAGCGCCCGCUCAUCUUCCGGGCGUCGGCAUCGGCCUUGGUGGUCGACUGCCAUUACUAACGCCACCGCGUUGACCAACGAAAGGCAAAAUAUGUCCAUUAUCACAAUUCUUUCUUUACUUUUGACUGAUUACAAUUUGGGUUGUUGUGGCUUCUGUGAACAAUUCAUCCUUGUUUCUUCACGACUUCA